AUGACAACAAAUACAUCGACAAAGAAACCCGUUAAUGAUUUAAUUAAAUUUUGGGCGGAAAAACAAGAUAAAGAUAAAGAAUUAGAACAAACUCCAAGAUCACCUCGAAGACCUUUAUCACCAACUUCUUCUUUACCUCCUUCUCCGUUAAAUGAAAAUUUUUAUUCAAAAUCAUUAUUUAAAGAUAUACCAUCAAAUACUCCUCCUUUAACUCCAUUAUAUACUCCUAAUAAUAUACACUCUUUAAUAUCUGAAGAAGUUGAUAAUAUUAAUGGUCGUUCUGAAAAAUUGGAUUUAUCAUCACAAAAUGUUUCACAAUCUGAUUCUCCAGAGGAUGGAACUUCAAUUAAUAUUACUAAUAAUAAUAAAUUAGUUAUUAAUACUGAUCUUAAUACUAAAGAUUAUUUUAGUAGGAAACCUCGAGAUUAUGAUCUUAAUAAUAUUAGAGAUAAUAAAAUUUCUCGUCCUUUACCUCCUGUUAGAAAAGUAACUGAUCUUGUAAGCAAAUUUGAAAAGGUUGCUUCUCCUACUAAUUCCGUACAAACUUCUCCAAGAUUAACUCCAAUAAAACGUGGUCAAUCUUUCGCUCAAUCUUCUCCUUCUUCUCCACGUAUUCAACUUACUCCUGAACCUUUAUCAUUAAAUCUUCCGAAUCCUUCUACUUUAAGUACGAAAGCGAAACGUAGACAAACUGUUCCUGAACCUUUAAACUUUUCACCAAAGAAAUUUACUGAUGAUGAUGAUGGGAAUUUAAAUAAAGAUUGUGAAUCAACUCCGGCUUCUCCAAUAUCUCCAAUCGAAAAUUUAUCAAAUAAUAUUCCGAUUGCUCAACCAACUUCUACAUUAAAUACAACUGUUUCAAUACCUGAAAAAACAACGUCGGUUAAACUUAAUGCUCCUGAAAAGCAACAAGAAUCAUUAUCAUUAAAGAAUAAUGAUGAUAAGCAAAUUAAAAAAAAUGUAUCAAUAGUACUUCCAGAUAUAUCAAAUUUGAAACCUUUACAACAACAGCAGCAGCAGCAACGACAACGUCAACAACAGUUUCAACAACAGAUACGUCCUAUUUCAAUGGUUAAAAAGGAUUGUUUGGAUUUUUUGACAGAAACCUUUAAAGAUACUUCAUUUGAUUUAUCAAAUCAAUCAGGUUCAACAAAUGAUUUGAAAUAUUCAAGUGAACGUGGUUUUAUCUUACCUGAAGUUACUCCUAUUCGGAAACCAACUACCGAAAGUACAAAAGUUUCAGCUCCGCCUUUUCUGAAAUCAAUCUCAGAAAAAAUCAUACACACUAGACAUUCGAAUCCUAUUUCACGAAGUAAAACUUUUCCAAGACUUUCACAUAAUACAAAUAAUGAAACUUCAAAAAAUUCAAAUCUUCAUGAAAUUGCCGAUUUAUUACCUCAACCUGAACCAGUUUCUCCUAUUCGUCUAAAUUUCUCGGAUUUUUCUGAUUCACCAAAUGGUUCUUCAACAAAUUUGAAUUCGAUUUCUCCUUUGGAUGAUAAAGUAAAUUUUGAAAAAUCAAAGAAGGAUGGAGAAAAAGAAAAACAAAUUAAUAAUAAUACUCUUAUAUACAAAGUUGUGGUUGAAUCUAAAUCUGAAGCUUCCAAGAAGAAUGAAAAUCCUAAACCUAUAAGGCAUCUUAGCGGAUCGAUCCAAUUAUUUGAAAAUUUGAAACGUUAUUUAAAUAAUAAACAAAAGAAUUCGGAUGAUAUCAAUCCGUCGACAAAAAAGUUAUCCCAAAAUUUCAACAACGAUAACCAGCUUAACCAAUUGUAUUAA